AUGGCUCUGCAAUCCGUGAAUUCAGUUGCUCUUACCAAUGCCGUCUCGUCAGCAUUGGCUCUAUGUGCAAACGUCGGAGGCCCAAAUAAAAAACAUGUGAAAGCUAGGUGGUUUAGUGAAUUUCAGUUUACUUGGCUUAUCGUUCCGAGUGACAAACAUAUGCAAGUCAAUCCAUCAUUCGGGGAAUUUAUCUACAAGCUUUUUGGCGUUCAUAUGAAUUCUUCUUAUCCUCUGAAAGUGAUAAGCGAUGAGAAGAGAAAACAACUGCUGGGGAUAUAUGAGCGCCGCAGAAGAGCUCAGGAACCUGCCACCGUAGAACAACCGGCUCCAGAUGAUUCAUUCACAUGA